GUUAAACACAACCAGCCUCCUCCACCUUUUAUCCAUAUUCACAUACCUCUUAUAUCAUGCUUUCAAAUAUUCAUAGAUUUAUUCCAAAGUUUGAUGACACCCAUAUCCUUCAGUUCAUUGCUCAUUACAGUUACUUUUAUUGAAAGCCUGAGACUUAUAUUGUGUACCUGCUACAUCACUUUCUUCAUUCUCUUUGAAUAUUGAUUUGAGAGUCCAUCACCCUCCAUUUCAUGAUAAUGGUAGAAUUCAUUGAUUUUUUUUCCCCUUAGAAGUAAUGUGGCAAGUUUGUGAUUGGUAUCAGGAAGACAUUGAGAAGGAUGAACCUGUGGAGAGAGAUCGUGAAAAUAAUGCAUUGGGAAAAAUAUUUUCUGAUAGCAAAAAUUUUGUUCCAUUUAUAGAAAAACCCAAUAAAUGUACCUCAAGAGGAGUAACUUUGAAACGAGACUUAAAUUUUCAGAGUAAAGACUAUGCAGACAUGAACUCUAAUGAGUUAAAUGGUUCUGGGAAAUUGUUUUUCUAUACUCUACGCGAAACCUCUAACAUUCAUGCCCAGUACUAUGAACCGAAUUUACAUGUAAAAGCUUUCAGCCUUGGGACAAAUCCUAAAAGACAUCACAGAAUUCACACAGAGGAGAAACAUGAAUGCAGUGAAUGUCUCAAAUCUUUCAGGUAUAAGUCAAAGCUCAUAAUACACCAGAGAACUCAUACAGGAGAGAAACCCUAUGAAUGCAAAGAAUGUGGAAAAGCUUACAGGGAGAAGACGAAGCUCAGAUUACAUUGCAAAACUCACACAGGAGAGAAACCUUUUGAGUGUAGUGAUUGUGGGAAAGGUUUUAUGCAGAAGUCAAACCUGAUUAUCCAUCAACGAAUUCAUACAGGAGAGAAACCCUAUGGAUGUAGAGAAUGUGGAAAGGCCUUCUGUGGAAAGUCUCAGCUUGUUGUUCACCAACGAAUUCAUACAGAAGAAAAAUACUAUGAAUGCAGGGAAUGUGGGAUGGCCUUCAAUAAAAAUUCACACCUCAUAACACAUCAGAGAAUUCACAAAGGAGAAAAACCUUAUAAAUGCUGUGAAUGUGGAAAGGCUUUUGUAUAUGCAUCACAGCUUAUUGUCCAUCAGAGAACUCAUACAGGAAGAAAACCUUAUGAAUGCAAGGAAUGUGGGAAAGCCUUUAACAAAAAGUCACACCUCAUAAGACAUCAGAGAAUCCAUACGGGAGAGAAGCCAUAUGAAUGCAGUGAAUGUGGAAAAGCUUUUAUAGACAACUCACAUCUUAUUGUACAUCGAAGAACUCAUACAGGAGAGAAGCCUUAUGAAUGCAGGGAAUGUAGGAAAGCCUUUAAUAAAAAGUCAUCCCUCAUAACACAUCAGAGAAUUCAUACAGGAGAGAAGCCUUAUGAAUGCAGUGAGUGCAGAAAAGCUUUUAUAGAUAAGUCACAUCUCAUUGUCCAUCAGAGAACUCAUACAGGCGAAAAACCCUAUGAAUGCAGUGAAUGUGGAAAAGCUUUUAUAGACAACUCACAGCUUAUUGUUCAUCAAAGAACUCAUACAGGAGAGAAGCCUUUUGAAUGCAGGGAAUGUAGGAAAGCCUUUAGUUAUAAGUCAUCCCUCAUGGCCCAUCAAAGAAUUCAUACAGGAGAGAGGCCUUAUGAAUGCAGUGAAUGUAGGAAAGCUUUUAUAUACAAGUCACAUCUUAUUGUCCACCAGAGGACUCAUACAGGAGAAAAACCCCAUGAAUGCAGUGAAUGUGGAAAAGCUUUUGUACGAAAGGCAGUGCUCAUUGUACAUCAAAGGACACAUACAAGGGAGAAGCCCUUUGUCUGUCUGGAAUGCCAAAAAGCGUUCAGCAGUAUGGCAAUGCUCAGUACACAUCAGUUGAUUCACACAGGAGAGAAACCCCACGGGUGCAAUGAAUGUGGAAAAGCUUUCCGCCAAAAAAGCCAUCUUAUUAUCCAUCAACGAUGCCAUACUGGAGAGAAAUCCUAUGGAUGCAUACCAUGUGGUCAAAUCUUUAGCUAG